AUGGCCGCCGUCAACGGCCCCCCGCCGCAACUCGCGACGGAGCAAAACCCGCAGCUUGUCGCGGACCUGGAAAAGGAUCGCAUCAGCGAGGGCCAUCAAUAUGCCGAAAAAGAUCCCGAGAAGGAUGGCAGUGAGUCGGACGCCGACUCCCAGGAGAUGCAGGACGGUGUCAAGCGCGUCGAGGCCAUCACGCAGGUCUGGUCGCGCACCGAGCUUGUCGCCAUGUUUGUCCUCCUCUACCUCGUCACAUUCGUCGACAAUCUCCUCCAAAACGUCCAGGGCAACCUCGUCCCCUACGUCACCUCUUCCUUUGCGCAACACGCCCUCCUGUCCACGACGGGUGUCAUUGCCACCAUCGUGGGCGGCGUCUGCAACCUCACCAUUGCCAAGAUCAUUGACAUCUGGGGGCGCUGCGAGGGCUUCAUCUGCAUGGUUGUCCUCGUCGUCGUCGGCAUGAUCAUGAAGGCCACCUGCAAGAACGUUGAGAUGUACGCCGCCGCCCACACCAUCUACUGGGUCGGCCACCUUGGUCUCGGAUACGUCAUCUCCAUCAUGCUCGCCGACAUGACCACUCUGCGCAACCGUCUCAUCCUCUUCGGCCUGCAGCAGACGCCCCUCAUCGCCAGCACCUUUGCCGGCCCCGAGAUUGCCAACCUCUUCUACACCAACGUCAACUAUAACUGGGCCUUUGGCUCCUUCUGCAUCAUCCUCGUCGCCUUCUGCUUACCCGUUGCCGUCGUCUUCAUCAUCAGCAAGCGCAGGGCGGUCAAGCAGGGCCUCUACCCCCCUCGCGUGAGCGGUCGCACCAAGUGGGAGUCGUUCAAGUACUACUUUGUCCAGUUUGAUGCCGUCGGCAUGUUCCUCACCGUCGCCGGCUGGUCUAUCCUGCUCCUGCCAUUCAGCAUCGCCACCUCGGCGCCUAAUGGCUGGAAGACGGGCUACAUCAUUGCCAUGAUCGUCCUCGGAGUCGUCCUGUUGGUCGCCUUCGGCAUCUGGGAGAAGUACUUUGCGCCGGUCAGCUACUUCCCCUGGAAGUACCUCAAGAACCGCACCAUCCUGGGCGCAUGCCUCGUCUACGCCUUCAUGUUCAUGAGCACCUUCGCCUGGGACACGUACUACGGCUCUUACCUGCAGGCCGUCAACUUCCUCGACAUUACCAUCUCGGGCUACGUCCUCAACAGCUUCUCGCUGAUGUCUGCCUUCAUUAGCCCAUUUGUCGGACUCUUUGUCCGCUACACUGGUGACUACAAGUGGCUGUCCAUUGCCGGCGUCCCCUUCUCGAUCCUGGGAACCGCCCUGCUCAUUAAGUUCCGAACACCUGACAGCGAUGUUGGUGUCUUGGUCAUGUGCCAGCUCUUCAACGGCCUUGCCACUGGCAUCUGGGCCAUGACCGCCCAGCUGGCCAUCAUGGCCCAGGUCCACCACCAGCAGAUCGCCGUCGCCAUUGCCAUGUUUGGCCUUUUCGGAUCCAUCGGCGCGUCCAUCGGCCAGGCCAUUGCAGGAGGCAUCUGGACCAACAUCCUGCCGGACAAGAUCGCCGAGGCGCUGCCCGCCGACAUGCAGGACCAGGUCUUCCAGCUCUAUGGCAACCUGUCUGCGGUCGUGGAGGCACCCCGCGGUAGCCCCGCGCGUGAGGCUGUCAUCGAGGGCUAUGGCAUCGUCCAGCGGUACAUGGUCAUUGCCGGUGCUUGCUUCAUCCCCCUGUGCCUUGCCGCGCUGCUGCUCUGGAAGAACGUCAACGUCAAGAAGCUCGAGGAGGAGAAGGGCAAGCAGACCAAGGGCACCGUCUUUUAA